GUCAGCAAUCGGCGGAGUUGGGAUUCGAACCCAUGUCACAGGCAGAGGGAGGAGGGCAGCUAUAGCCACGCCCCCUGGUUCCGACUUCAGCUCGCAGGCUCGAAGGAGUAAUUGCGCAUGCUCAGAGAGCCCGGUCGCGCCGGCUGAGCGAGACCACGGGGACGCCUCCAGCCGCCAGGGGGAGUGCGCGCGGUUCCUGCCUCUCUGGCCCGCGCAUCCUUAGCCUAGUAGAUAUCCCAGAGUUCAGCGCGGCGCUAGCCCUUCCGCCACGGUCGCCAUUGGAGAGUAGCAGCCAUGGCUCUUCGGUAUCCUAUGGCCGUGGGCCUCAACAAGGGCCACAAGGUAACCAAGAACGUGAGCAAGCCCAGGCACAGCCGCCGCCGCGGGCGUCUGACCAAACACACCAAGUUCGUGCGGGACAUGAUCCGGGAAGUGUGUGGCUUUGCCCCAUACGAGCGGCGCGCCAUGGAGUUGCUGAAGGUCUCCAAGGACAAACGGGCCCUCAAGUUCAUCAAGAAAAGGGUGGGGACACACAUCCGGGCCAAGAGGAAGCGGGAGGAGCUGAGCAAUGUCCUGGCCGCCAUGAGGAAAGCUGCUGCCAAGAAGGACUGAGCCCCCUUCCCUGCUGUCUCCCUGAAAUAAACAGCUGCACCCAA